AUGAGCGACUCCAGGGGUUCGCUGACAAAAUUCGGUCCGUUUGCGAAGAGAUCGUCGGCGAUGAAGCGCUUAGCGGCUUCUGGCUACGGGAAGCUCGCGACUCAAAGACUGAAAGACGUUAUCGAGGAGACCGUCGUUCGGUACAAAGAAAAGGAAAUCAACAGCUACAUACGACGCAUAGCGGCGUUGGAGGCAAGCGAGGAGCAUUUGCGAAGAGAAUUAGAGGAAAAAGACAUCCAGGCCAACAAGUCCAUCGAACGAAUCGUGGGAAGCAACAAUGUCGGCUUGCGCACAAUCAUGAGGGAGGUCCACGACCUCCAGGCGACUUCUGCAGACCAAGCUGCUGAAAUCGCCAGGCUAUCCAAAGACUGCAUGCAUUAUAAAAAACGCUACGAGCAAGCGACAGAAGAGUCGAGUCAGCUCCACGAGGAUCUGCUGAAAGCAACCGCGAAGGAGGCAGCUCUCGAGGAGAAGUCUCGAUCUCUGGACAGCCAGCUGUCUCAACUGAAAUGCGAUUUAGCCGACACAAAAGCUUGUCUAGAGGAGAGCGAAAAGCGCAGAACGGCGAUCGAUCUGCGAAGCCAGCAACUGGAGCAACGGUUGGAAGACUACAUGGACCGCGAGGCGAAGAAACACCAAGAAGUCGUUCAAAUGAUGGACAAGAAAAUGAGCAUUGCCACGCUGCGAAUUACCCAGUACCGUGAUCAGCGACAGAAGCUGAUAAACGAGUUGCGCCGAGGGAAGCAGCGCACAGAACAGCUGGAUAAGCAUCUCCAGGAGAAGACGCGGGCGGUCGAAGAACUAAAGUGUCAGGUCGACGUGAAGGACUGCGAGUUGCAGCAACUGCGGUCGGUUGCGGAACACGAGAAAACGCAUCUCGACGUCCACCUUCAGCAACUAACACAGGAGGCGCGAGCGGCGCAUGCAGAGUGCGAAGUGAAGGAGACCGAGCUGGAGGAAACGCGGAAGGAACUGAAUGCUGUGAAAGCUCUCAGCCAACACCAGAAGCAGGAACUCGAGUGUCUGCGAACCGACCACGAAGUCCGCGAGGGCGAAAUUCUUUGCAUGCGCAAGGCCCUCGACCACCAAAAAAGCCAAGUGGAGUUGCUGCAGCAGGAGCGUGCAGAAACAGUCGAGACGCACCGCGUCGCGAUAGAAAUCAAAGAUGGGGAACUUCAGCAGCUGCGGAAACUCCUGGACCACCGGAAAGCGGAGGCGGAGCAAGAGGUUCUGAAACACCAGCAGGAAGUCGAGAGUCUAACACACGCAAGCGACCUAAAAGAAAAAGAAACGAACCACCUACGAAAGCUCCUGGAGCAACAGAAACGCGACUGGGAAACGGACGCGCGCCAGAAAGACCACGAAAUCGAAAUCAAACAACAGGAACUGCAGAGAGCUAAGGACGGCGCCGAGAAAAAACAAAAGCAACUCGAAGUAGCCCUCGAGGAGUGCGAGCAGAAAGGGUGCAUGAUUGCUGAGUUGCGGGCGUCUGUUUCUGAGCUGAAACGACGAUGUGAGGAACAUGUCGCCAGCCAUCGUUUCGAGGUCGAGCGCAUGACGGAAGAUUUCCAUCGAGAGCUGAACGCGAAGCUGAAGGAGAAGGACGAAGAAAAGGAGCUGGAGUUGAGACGCAAGCUAGAAGACGCUCGCGAAGAAAUUCGGAAGUCGGAGUCUGAGGCGACAGAGCUGCAGAGGCGCAAAACCGCCGCCGAUCUCAAGCGCAUGCAGUCAAUGAUCGUUACUUUGACGAAUCAGAACAGGGGUCUCGUAAAGCAGUGCAAAUUGUUAGCGUCGAAACUCGAAGAAUCAACUGGCAAUAUUGAGAAGCUGAACGACGCUCUGCAGAUUGAAAAGUGCAAGCAGUUGGAAAGCUCGGAGAAAGCGCGAGACGCAGGGCUGCUUCGCCAGCGUGUCGCCGCGUUGGAGCGCAGCGUUUGUGAGCAGAAGCAGCAGACACAGAGUCUGGUUGUCGAGAGAAAUACGCUGAAAGAAGAUCGGGACCGACUGAUCGGUGAAACUCAGAGUCUGGAACGAAGGAGUGAAACUCUCCUGGAAAAUUGCGGAUCACUCGAGAAGCGCAUUGCCUGUCUAGAAAGUCAAUUGGCUGCAUGCAGGCAGCAACUCAGGGAGAGAGGAAACGACAUCGGCUUGCUUCAAGAGGAGCUGCGCGCUCGGGCAGAGGAGGCGGUGACCUACAAAGAGAACUUGAAAGUCAUUUGGUCCUCAGUCGUCGAGCAUCUGCCAGUGAGAGAAAGAGACCAAGAAGAGAUUUGUGUCUCUCAAAGAAUGCCGCCCUCGGCAGUUCGUCUCGUGCAUGCGCUCAUCGCUGAUGCCGUCGAUGAACUCUGCACUAGAGCCGCUGAUAACGUCGCGCAGGCCACAGCAGUGCAACUGGAACAGGAGAAACUCGCGGAGCAGAGGACGCGCGCGAGCUUCGAAGAGCGGCUCCGCGCAAAAGAGAAAGAAGCUGCCGAACUAGAAAUCGCGCUUGCUCUGGCGAACGAGAAGCUCCUCGCGACUGAACAGGAGCAGUGUAUGUACACCACCUCGAAGCACCAAAUGCAGGAGCAGUUGGGGGCUCUUGAGCAGGCUCUUGCGGAGGCUCUGAAGGAGAAGACAAUCAUCGCGAAGAGAACGGCUUGUCUCGAGCAGGAAGUUGCGGCCAUGGCAGAAUCCAAAUCCGAGAUUCACACGCGACUGGAUCUCCGCGAAAACGAGCUGGUCAACAUCUGCAAGGAACGCAUGCAAGUCGAGGAACGCUCGAAAAGCUACGAGCGCGAGAUCGGCGCCCUCAAGUCAGAGAACGCUCGACUGGAUGCAAAGGCGAUGGCGAAUCAAAGAGCAUUGUUAAGCGAAAAGCAGAAGAAUGAGGAUAUGCAAGCACUGGUCCUCGAACUGGAAAGGAAAUGCCGCAAUACCAAGAAGGAAUGCGAAGUGCUGCUGGAGGCGACCAAAACGAACUCUGAAAAUCUUCUGCAGCAGUCCACACGCGAGUUUCAGAAGGAGAUGCAAGUCCUUCAGCUGAAACAUCAGGAAGAGUUGGAGGCGCGGGAAGCCGAGAGCAGGCGCCUGUGGCAUUCUCGGAUGGAGCAGCUCGCUGCCGAAACUGCCCGGCAACAAGAGAGGCUGAUGGCUGAAGCAGAGGCAACGCGGCGAGAACACCAAGCGGAGAUACAACUGCUUAGGUCUAAGAUAGCUGGAGAUCAGGAGAAGCAGGCAGAAGCUCUCGACGCCAUGUCUCAACUGAAUCAAGAACUGCACUCUGUUGCAGACAAAUGUCCCUGGCGACCUGUGCCCAGUGAUUUCGAUUCUCCAGCAGAAGCUGUUCGGACAGUCGCAGGCAGACGCCAGGUGAGCGGAAGGAAACUAAAAGGAAUACCGCAUUUCCGACGGCUGCUUCCGAAGUUGUCGCCGGGUUUUUCUCUAUCGCACGAGGGAAACAAGGCAAUAAAAACAUUUGCACGGCGAAGGGUUCUCUGUCUUUUUUAA